ACCGUGUUCGGUGAUGUCCAAGCUGUCCACUGGCCGAUGCAGUUAGCGAAUUUGUUCAGAGUCAAUCUUUGUUGUUUAACACAUACUAUGUCAAGUCUAAUUGCAACUGGUUGGUGGCAUGCAUGUGCGCACAACGCACGUAGCGGAAUGGAUCGACCAACAAUGGCGGCUCGGUGGUGGCUGCUGCUGCUGCUCGGCCUCGCCGUCGCCGGCGUCGUUCGCGGCCAGGGCGGCGCGCCUGACACGUCCGGCUUCAUCAGCAUAGACUGCGGCUUGCCGGAGAAGACCAGCUACGUGGACGACGCCACGAAGCUGAAGUUCACCUCCGACGACGCCUUCACCGACGCCGGCACAAUCCACAACGUCUCGUCGGAGUUCGCCACGCCGACGACGACCACGGACAGGAGCCUGUACAACGUGCGCAGCUUCCCCGCCGGCGCGCGCAACUGCUACACGGUCCCGUCCGUCGUGCCGGGGUCCAAGUACCUGGUCCGUGCCAAGUUCUUGUACGGCAACUACGACGGCCUCAACAAGCCGCCGGUGUUCGACCUCCACCUCGGGGUCAACUUCUGGCAGACGGUGACCGUGCCAUCCGCCGACUGGCUGGGGAACGCCGAGGUCAUCGCCGUCGUGCCGGAUGAUUUCUUGCAGGUCUGCCUGGUGAACACCGGCGCCGGGACGCCGUUCAUCUCCGGCCUGGACCUGAGGCCCCUGCCGAGCUCGCUCUACGCGCCCGCCAACGCGACGCAGGGGUUGGUCCUGCUCGACCGGAGGAACUUCGGCGCGAGCGGGAGCACCGUGAUCAGGUACCCCGACGACACGUACGACCGCGUGUGGUGGCCGUGGAGCAACCCGCCGGCGGAGUGGUCGGACAUCUCCACGGCGGACAAGGUCCAGAACACGAUCGCCCCCGUGUUCGACGUGCCGUCCGUCGUGAUGCAGACGGCCAUCACGACGCGCAACUCCUCCAUUCCCAUCCAGUUCUCCUGGGACACCAAACCCAAUCACGUCUACCCUGAUCCCGGGUCGAUUUUUACCUUGUAUGUCACCGAGCUGGAGCUCCUGGCCGGCAAUGCCGUUCGCCAGUUCAACGUCACCAUCAAUGGCGUGAUUUGGACCAAAGCCCCAUACAAGCCGGUUUAUCUGUCCACCGACGCCAUGUACAACGGAGAUCGACCCUACCGGGGCAUCACCCGGUACAACUUUUCUUUGAACGCCGCGGGAAGCUCCACGCUGCCGCCGAUACUCAACGCCGCGGAGGCUUUCUCCGUCAUCUCCACAGCCGACCUUGCAACAGACGCUCAGGAUGUUUCUGCCAUCACUGCAAUCAAGGCCAAGUAUCAGGUGAACAAGAAUUGGACAGGUGACCCAUGCGCUCCAAAGACACUGGCUUGGGAUGGGUUAACCUGCAGCUAUGCCAUUUCAACCCCUCCAAGAAUCACAGGAGUAAAUAUGUCGUAUGCCGGUUUAAGUGGCGAUAUAUCAUCUUAUUUCGCCAAUCUAAAAGAAAUCAAGAAUUUGGACUUGUCACACAAUAACUUGACAGGAUCAAUUCCUAAUGUCAUUUCACAGCUACAAUUUCUCGCGGUUCUAGAUUUGACAGGAAACCAGCUUAAUGGAUCAAUUCCUUCUAGUCUUCUGAAAAGAAGUCAAGAUGGCUCCUUGACCCUAAGGUACGGCAAUAAUCCAAACCUUUGCAGUAACAGCAGUUCAUGCCAGCUCCCACAAAAGAAGAGCAACUCUAUGCUUGCCGUCUAUGUUGCUGUUCCAGUAGUGGUGAUAGGAGCAGUUGCAGUGUUCCUGAUUUUCUUCAUCAGGAAGAAGAAGAACAAAUCAAAGGGUGCUGUGAAGCCACAGAUUUUGGGGAAUGGCGUGCAGUCACACAGUCAGAAUGGCAGUGGAGGGAGCCUGCUGGAACUGCACAACCGUCAGUUCACGUACAAGGACUUGGCAGUCAUAACGAACAACUUCCAGCGAGUCCUUGGCAAAGGAGGGUUUGGCCCCGUCUACGACGGCUUCUUGAAGGAUGGUACUCAUGUGGCAGUUAAACUACGGGAUGAGUCUUCCAGCCAAGGAUAUAGUGAGUUCCUGACAGAGGCUCAGACUUUAACGAAAAUUCAUCACAAGAAUCUUGUUGCAUUAAUCGGUUACUGCAAAGAUGAGAUACAUUUGGCACUUGUGUACGAGCACAUGUCAGAAGGAACUCUGGAAGAUAAGCUUAGAGGCAAAGAUCGCAAAGGUAGAUCUUUAACAUGGAGGGAAAGGCUCCGUAUCGUAUUAGAAUCUGCCCAAGGACUAGAGUAUCUACACAAGGCAUGCAGCCCACGCUUCGUGCAUAGGGAUGUGAAGUCAUCGAACAUCUUGCUGAAUGCAAAUCUUGAGGCCAAGGUUGCCGAUUUUGGCCUGACAACGGCUUUUAAAUGCGACGGUGACACACAUGUAUCCACAGUCAGGGUGGUUGGCACAUAUGGCUACCUUGCACCCGAGUAUGCCACAGCCCUACAAGUUUCAGAGAAGAUUGACGUAUACAGCUUCGGUGUGGUGUUGCUAGAGGUGAUCACAGGACAGCCGCCCAUUAUAAAGCUCCCGGAACCUACUACUAUCAUCCAAUGGACCCGGCAACGCCUAGCGCGAGGCAACAUCGAGGGUGUGGUGGAUGUAAACAUGCCAGACGACCGCUAUGACAUCAACUGUAUCUGGAAGGUAGCAGAUGUGGCUCUGAAAUGCACUGCACAUGCUCCUGGGCAGCGACCCACAAUGACUGACGUGGUGACACAGCUAAAAGAGUGUCUAGAGCUUGAGGAAACCAGCUUUAAAGGCGACACGAGUAGCAGUUAUAUGUCAGGGAGCAGCAUAGACCCAAACUCGAGUUAUAACACAUAUACCACUGAGAUGAGCUAGGGCAACACUAUUUUGGGAUGAAGCAUAAUCUUAGGGUAGUGCCAACUAGGGACAUUGGUCCUGUUGCACGACAAGAAGCCUGCUUUACCCAUUUCUAUGGGUUCUUACUACAUUGAUUUGUACGUGUGGUCUUCAAUGAUGGUCUUAUUAUUUGGCCUGAGGAAGUACAAAAUGUACAAAUGAUCAGGCUGUUAUUGUGUUAAGUUGAAGGUUUGUGAAAAAUAAGUGGACAUGCAUGCAUGUUGCUCAUAAUUUUUUUUAAUAAUGAAAGCUUUAUUAAGACUCA